CUGAGGAUCCAACAACUUUGCUUGUGGAAAGGGUGAUUUAGGUUGAUAUUUCUUCAGUCGGAUCCUCCUGGAGUCUUUCUAAAGACUAUUUUCUCUCUGAGGUGGGGUAUAUUUGGGGUUUUCGUCCUCUGGAGGUCUACAGUGGUGUAGUUUUUUUUUUUUUUUUUUGUCUGGAUGCCACAGGAUUAUCCUCAGGCUGCAGCUCAUCCUCCAGCCUGCAGGGCAGCAGCAGAGAACGAUAGCCGGCUGCUGGACAGGGGGAGCAUCAGCAUGAGUGACUUCUGGCACAAGAUGGGCUGCUGCGUGGUGGCUAAACCUCCACCGAAGAAGAAGAGAAGGAAGAUUGACCGCAGUAUGAUCGGAGAGCCGACAAACUUCAUUCAUCUCACACACAUUGGCUCUGGAGAGAUGGCAGAUGGCUUGCAGCCGUCUGGGUCAGUUCAGGAGCAGAUGCGGUCCAAAGGCCCGAACAUGAACGGCAGGAACAGCCUGUUAUAGCUGGAGUGUAUUAAAUUAACUCAGACCAGCUGACUGACCUCCACAAUCUGAACCUCUGAGCCUUUUCUCCUACAUCCAGCAACUGAAGGCUUUGAUUACCAACUCGCCCUGCUGAAGUGUCCUUGAACAACUUGCCCCCAUCACCUCCUGCAGGGCUGUUGUGACAUGCGUUAAUAAUCCAAAGCUUUUUUUUAAAUAUAUAUAUAUAUAUAUAUAUAUACUGUAUAUAUAUAUAUAUAUAUAUAUAUAUAUAUAUAUAUAUAUAUAUAUAUAUAUAUAUAUAUUAAUACUUUAACACUCAUCAACAAAUCCAAAUGAUUAUUCCUGCAGUUUUUACAAAGCCCAAUUAAUCACCAGCUUCAAAUGUGAUCCAUUAAAACAAAGGCAAGCACUUCUUCAAUGUGCCUCUGAGCUUACUCUACUUUCACAUUUUACCCGAAAGACCACCACAAGAGACAUUUUCUUUACUCUGAUUAUGAUGAAAUGGAAAAAAUUGGAUUUGAGAAAGAAAAGAUGCUGUUAUUGUGCUUAUCAUUAGAGGGCAGACUAAGGAGAUUUUUUUUCCCAUCAGUAUUUAAUUGAAGCCACAGAUGGCACCACUGGGCUCCAUUUUUCAGAAUCCAUUUUUAAUUACGAUGAACAGUUAAUGACAGAAAGUCUGUAUUUAAAGUGAAAACAUAAAAAAGUUAAAUUCUCACAGAUUAAUAAAAGAACAUUUUCCAGCCUUCCCAAGAAUGGUUUUCAGUCUGGAGUUGCUUCCUUACUGGAUGAAAUUUUUCAGGAUGCAUUAGUGUGCUAAGUUCUCUCCUAUUUAGAUUUUAAAGAUUAUUACACCUUUGUAUGGUUAGAGUUUGUCUUUUGGUGUUUCCAACCCUUUGAAUUUUCAGGGGGUCACAUGGCCAAAAUAAUGACUUCUCUAGAUUUCAUCUCUCAGGAUGUCACUGUCUGGCCAUCCCCACUGCUGGUGCUUGAUGAUGAGACUUGUUUUAGGAGAUGGGAAAGUCCCACGAAUCCCUGCUACACUGGACUUGACUCUGUCUGUCUGUGUGUGUGUGUGUGUGUGUACAUGCUGUUUUAUCUAUCUUUCUGGGGACCAAUGUCUGUUGUAGACAUUAUGAGAACAUUGAUGAUAAAGUUGGUCCUCACUUUUAGAAUUAUAUUUGGGGUCAUGGGACCUGCAUUAUGUCAGCAAAUGGCCCAACAAAGAUAGAAACACAAGCAUUUUUGUGUGUUUGUGUGUGUAUGUGUAUGUUCCCACUUAAUAUAUAAAUGACCCAUUUUUGUACAAGUUAUAUUUUUCACCAUCAAACAUAUUUUAUGCUACAAAUUUGUUCAUCCUAUUACUUUAAUAAGACUGCUGUUCCGGGACUCUGUUGGGUCUUCAGCCAGCAUGUUGAGAUGUUUUUAGUAUUUUUGUUUAAAACAUUUCAUGCUGCAUGCUUUCUUUGGUGGAAGAUCAAGUGUUGUAUGGCUUUGCAUUGUGAAUGGUUGGAUGCUUUUUUUUAAGCAGAUUGAUGUUAUUUGAAAUUAUCUGAUGUUUUGAGUAGUUUGCUAUGUGAUGUCAAUUGCUUCUUUGAGUUGCUUCCUUCCUGAUUAGCUUUUUCCUAACAGAUUUUUGGACUUAUAUAUGUAUGGAGAUAAUUUCUUUGAAACUCAGAUGAAAUGUAUUUCUUGUAUUGUUAUAAAAAAUUAAUUUGUAACAACCAAAGUUUUGUAAGAAAAAUACACUUUAUAAUUUGGUGAUAUGAGUACAUUUUAUUUAAUAGCAAAUACAGUUUCAUGCAAAAGUUUUGCUUGAUCAAAAAGUUUAAUUUAAAGUACUUUGUAAGAAAUAAACCAUUUCAGGGUCAUGAAUUGACCACAACCAUACGCUCUACUGUUAUUUCCAAACAAAUAUUCUAAAAAAAAAAAAAUCCUCAUCUUAUUUCUUUAUGUAAAUGUUUGCUAUAUUUUCCAACAGUUUUAGCUAGAUGAUGAUGAUCUCUACACUAAUUAA